UAUAUAAAAGACGGCAACACGACAGAAUAUUUUAUUAGUGUCAAACACGUGAACCGAAUUGAACCAGUAACACAUCAUGAAACUCUUAGUACUUAUAUCGGUUGUAGCGUUUGCUUCAGCGGUAGACUUCGAGAUCUAUAAUAAUUUACCAGGACCAAUUUGGGUUGGCAUUUUGGGUAAUGGUGGUAAACCAGCUUUGGCAAACGGUGGAUUUGCACUUGAUCAAUACCAAUCAAGGACUGUUGGUAGUGAUAACCAAUGGGCCGGUCGCUUCUGGGCUCGUACUUGGUGUGACCCUAACACUAAACACUGUCAAACAGGUGACUGUGGUAACAAACUAGAAUGUCAAGGUGCUGGUGGAGUACCACCAGUUUCUCUGGCUGAGAUAACACUAAGAGGAUGGCAGGGACAAGAUUUCUAUGACAUUUCAUUGGUUGAUGGGUACAAUGUCAAGGCAUCUAUUGAACCAAUUAAUGGUAGAGGAGACUGUAAGGCUGUCCGCUGCGCAACAGAAAUCAACGACAUUUGCCCCAACGAAUUGAGGCAAAGUGGUGGUAACAAUGGAGAAUACACCGUAGCCUGUUUCAGUUCUUGUGCAAAAUACAACACUGACCAAUACUGCUGCAGAGGACAGUAUGGUCAACCCGGCACGUGUAACACAAACGCAUGGCCAGUAAAUUCCGCAGCUGUCUUCAAGAGAGCUUGUCCAGAUGCCUACAGCUACGCUUACGAUGAUGCUACCAGUACUUUUACUUGUGUAGCUGAUAGAUACAAGAUCACAUUCGGUUGAUCGCUGAUUUAAUUAAAAACACUUGAAAUAAAUAAAUAUAUAGAAAA